AUGUUCAAGAACACAUUCCAAAGUGGAUUUCUUUCAGUUUUGUUCAGUAUUGGUAGUAAGCCAUUGCAAAUAUGGGAUAAAAAUGUACAGUUUUACUUUAUUUAUAAGUUUUGCAAAGGUUCAAAAUGGUCACAUAAAAAGAAUUACCGAUAACGACAUCCAGUCGCUUGUCCUUGAAGUGAUGGGAACAAAUGUGAGGUAGGAGCUGUUCGAAUUAUUAAACAGGAGACUUCUAGUACAACCUUUAUAUCCUGUCCGAAUGAUCGGAAGAAGACACUUGGGAUCAAACUUCCAUUUCUUGUAAUGAUUGUCAAAAAUCUGAAGAAGUACUUUACUUUCGAAGUUCAGGUACAGCAGAAAAAUAUUAUUUAAUCUCUUUAGGUUCUUGAUGACAAACAAGUAAAACGGCGGUUUCGGGCAAGCAAUUACCAGAGUACAACCAGAGUCAAACCCUUCAUCUGCACAAUGCCGAUGCGUUUAGAUGAAGGCUGGAAUCAAAUUCAAUUCAACUUGGCUGAUUUCACCAAAAGGGCCUAUGGUACAAACUAUCUGGAAACUCUGCGUGUCCAGGUAUGUCAUGAUUUUACUUAUUUUACAAUUCGAUCAGGCUUUAAUCUACUCGACCAUUUACUGUGUUUUUACAUCUGUUAAAGUAAAUUUACUUUCAAAUAUGUAGUCAUUUUAUUGUGGCUCAAAAUGCGGAUUAACGCGAAUGUAACUAUUUGUAAAGUUUGUUACUGACACGAAUUUGUGUAUGCAUGUUUUAGAGCGUUAACUGUUUGGGAAUGUAUGACAUAUACACAUUAUGAUAUUUUACUCAUAUACGAUCAGACAGGCUGGCAGGCCCACGGGCUGUAUUUAAAUUGCACGUACUAAGGCACAAGUGCCUUAUUUGUAAACGCUUCAACCGAAAUCACUAGUAAAUUCUCGCUUGUUUUCAUUUUGACUAUAUUGCCACGAUUUCGGUUCCGUAAAUAAUCGACUGGUUUGAAAUAAGUUCACAAAUGUCGGUAAAAACCUCUUGGCUUUAAUUAAGGCACGAUCACCAACCCCUUUCAUGUUUUAAAUGGCGUUUAAGUACUUGUUUCAAAACUUCGUAUUUCCCGAGUUCUGUUUGCUUCAGGUUCUAUGUUACUGUAAUGGCGUUUUGCGGGUCCAAAAUAAAGUGUAUCUAAAGUACUAAAUGCUAAAAAUGUAAUGUUACUUAAGUGUGCUUUAUCAUGUCGUGCUGACAAUGCUAAACAUAAAGUCAUUUUCGACAUAUCAUUCCCAGUCAUCUGACUCUUUCAACUUUUUAGGGAAAACUUAAAUUUUACCCGCGUAAGGCCAUUCUACUCUCUAUUAAACCGGCAUUACCAAAGCUUAAUGUAGAGUAACGCCCGUCACUCAUCUUGAUUAUUAAAGGACUUGUUUUUCUGUAAGCAAACUAGAACUUGAUUUGAAUUACGAGGGAAAUAACAUUGCCUAUAGUCCUUUGAAAGCUCAUGUUGCUUCAUUUGACCUAAAUAUUUUAAAGAAAAAUAUGUCCUCAUUUUCAACCACGCAUUUUAGCGCGUUUAAAAACGCAUGCUCCUGUUUAAGAAGAGCAAACUAUCUGGUGCUAUAAGUUCAGCACGUGUCUGGAAACAGGCGCGCGUUCAGAAAAGGUGCUGUAAAAUGGGUUAUGCCACUUUAGGCAAGGUUGACGCUAUCGGUCAUUUCGUCCUCAAAAUAUCUCGGCUAAAAUAUCUCAUAUAAGUGCACCCGUUUUGAUGUAACUUCGAGGGUAUCUUUCGCAAUGAUUUAUUCCAUGCUAUUUGUUUUACAGUCUCCACAGCAGUUGUGCUAAACAGCAACAUUUGCCAAUUUGCGCUUAAACGAUUCUCGGAGAAUUUGUGCUUUGAGAUUCCAUUUUUUGUUUAAUACUUAUAUUCAAUCUGAACAGCACGGAAAUUGUAACAACAUUUAUAACUUCUACGUUACCUGAGAACCUCGACAUUAAAACCCUCCGGGGUAAAAGCUGCGUUUAGUCAUACAUAGUUUAGUGCAGUUUCACAAAUAAAUUGUGCAACAGAUCGUCCUGUUUGAGCGAAAUAAGCUUUUCUGGUGAACCGGCGUUUGCACGAGAAUUAUCUUGUCCUCUGUUUAAUUGGCAGACAAAUGAGAGAUCUUAUUAAGAGAGGUUUCUUUUGUAAAGAUACUAGAUGUACGUUUUAUUGCUUCUUUGAAAUUUGGCGUAAAUACGUUAGAUUCAUUUCCUUUUUACUGUAUGAAAACCAUUUUUUGUUGCCGUCGUGCCUGUGCGCUUAUACUCUUUUUAUGGUUGAAUAUAUGAGAAACACUCUUUACCCUUUCACAGAUCCACGCAAAUUGCCGGAUAAGGAGAGUUUACUUUUGCGAUCGGCUGUAUUCUGAGGAUGAGUUGCCAGCAGAAUUCAAGCUUUAUCUACCAGUUCAGAGCAAAGCCGGCCACUCGGGCCCUCAAUGA